AUGAUUAGAGCUAGUGCUAUUAAACGUACCGCAAUGUUACUGAAACAAUUGCGUAGUUUCUCCACCACAUCUUCUUUAGCCGAUAAGAUUAAAGUUAAGAAUCCAAUUGUUGAAUUAGAUGGUGAUGAAAUGACUCGUAUCAUUUGGCAAAAAAUUAAAGAUCAGUUAGUUUUACCAUACCUUGAUGUUGAUUUGAAAUAUUACGAUUUGGGUAUUCAAUCCCGUGAUGCCACUAAUGAUCAAAUCACCAUUGAUGCUGCUAAUGCUAUUAAAGAAUAUGGUGUUGGUGUUAAAUGUGCCACUAUCACUCCAGAUGAAGCCAGAGUUAAAGAAUUCAACUUGAAGAAAAUGUGGCUUUCACCAAAUGGUACUAUUAGAAAUAUUCUUGGUGGUACUGUUUUCAGAGAAUCUAUAAUUAUUCCAUGUAUUCCAAGAUUAAUUCCAGGUUGGGAAAAACCAAUUGUCAUUGGUAGACAUGCUUUUGGUGAUCAAUAUAAAGCUACUGAUUUGGUUAUUAAUGAACCAGGUAGAUUAGAAUUAAGAUUCACUCCAGAAAAUGGUGGUGAAGCUCAAACUAAAAAAGUUUAUGACUACACUGGUCCAGGUGUUGGUUUAGCCAUGUACAAUACUGAUGAAUCCAUCACUGGAUUUGCUCAUGCUUCUUUCAAAAUGGCUUUAGCUAAAGGUUUACCAUUAUAUAUGUCUACUAAAAACACCAUUUUGAAGAAAUACGAUGGUAGAUUCAAAGACAUUUUCCAACAAAUUUAUGAACAAGAUUAUGCUGCUGAAUUUGAAAAACAAGGUUUAUGGUACGAACACAGAUUGAUUGAUGAUAUGGUUGCACAAAUGAUCAAAUCUAAGGGUGGAUUUGUCAUGGCUCUUAAGAAUUACGAUGGUGAUGUUCAAUCUGAUAUUGUUGCUCAAGGUUUUGGUUCUUUGGGUUUGAUGACUUCUGCUUUGAUGACCCCAGACGGUAAAGCAUAUGAGGCUGAAGCUGCUCAUGGUACUGUUACUAGACAUUACAGACAACAUCAACAAGGUAAAGAAACAUCUACCAACUCAAUUGCUUCUAUUUUUGCAUGGACUAGAGGUUUGGCUCAAAGAGGUAAAUUGGAUGAAACCCCAGAUGUUGUUGAUUUUGCUAACAAACUCGAAAAAGCUACCAUUGAUACUGUUGAAGUUGAUCGUAUAAUGACUAAAGAUUUGGCUUUAGCUAUGGGUAAAACUGAUAGAUCUGCAUAUGUUACCACUACUGAAUUCUUGGAUGCUGUUGCUGACAGAUUGAAAAAAUAA